AUGGCCGGUGAGGAGAACGAUCAGGAUCCCCCAAAGCGCGAUGUGCGCAACCACAUGCUCUUCGAGAUCGCGACUGAGGUUGCCAAUCGCGUCGGGGGCAUUUAUUCGGUGCUGAAGUCUAAAGCGCCCGUCACCACCGCUGAGUAUGGCGAUCGCUACACCUUGAUCGGCCCGUUGAAUCGAGCUUCUGCGGCCGUGGAGGUCGAGGAGCUCACCCCGUCAAGCCCUGCAAUGAGCGAGACGAUGAAUACCAUGAAGGAGCGCGGCAUUGAAAUGGUCUACGGUCGCUGGCUUAUUGAGGGCGCCCCCCGCGUGCUCCUCAUUGAUACGGGUACAGGGUACAAAUACUUGGACGAGUGGAAAGGGGACCUGUGGAAUACUGCUGGGAUCCCCUCACCGGCGUCGGACCAUGAGACGAAUGAGACGAUUGUCUUUGGAUACUUGGUGGCUUGGUUCUUGGGCGAGUACAUCGCGCAUGAACGCCGUCGUGCUGUUGUUGCCCACUUCCACGAGUGGCUUGCAGGUGUGGCCCUCCCACUGACAAAGAAAAGACACAUGGACUUGACGACUAUCUUCACGACCCAUGCGACGCUGCUUGGACGGUACCUCUGUGCGGGCUCGGUUGAUUUUUACAAUAACCUGCAGUACUUUGAUGUUGACUCAGAGGCUGGUAAACGCGGAAUCUACCAUCGAUAUUGUAUAGAGCGAGCCGCUGCGCACUCGGCGGACGUUUUCACUACAGUCUCUCAUAUAACGGCGUUUGAGAGCGAGCAUCUCCUCAAGCGGAAGCCAGACGGAGUGCUGCCUAACGGACUGAAUGUUAAGAAGUUCUCUGCAGUCCAUGAGUUCCAGAACCUGCACUCUCAGUCAAAGGAGAAGAUCAACGAGUUUGUUCGAGGUCAUUUCUAUGGGCAUAACGACUUUGACCUGGACAACACUCUUUACGUAUUCACCUCUGGUCGAUACGAAUUCCGCAACAAGGGCGUUGACAUGUUUAUUGAAGGAAUGGCGCGUCUUAAUCACCGGCUCAAGGAGAACGGGUCAAAGACCACCGUUGUAGCAUUCAUCAUCAUGCCCGCGCAGGUUUCAUCGCUCACAGUGGAGUCACUAAAAGGUCAAGCAGUGGUCAAGUCGCUACGAGACACGAUCGAGAAUAUUGAACAAGGCAUUGGAAAGCGCAUGUAUGAGCGAUGCCUGUCCUGGAAGGAAGGCGACAACAUGCCGGAUGAGAAAGACCUAAUCACCAGUCAAGAUCGCGUCCUUCUCCGACGUAGACUGUUUGCCAUGAAACGGCAUGCUCUCCCCCCUGUUGUCACGCAUAACAUGGCGAAUGACCACGAGGAUCCGAUCCUCAACCAGAUCCGCCGUGUGCAGCUAUUCAAUCAGUCUUCUGACCGUGUCAAGAUUGUCUUCCAUCCGGAGUUCCUCAACUCUUCUAACCCAGUGCUGCCUCUAGACUACGAUGACUUUGUUCGCGGGACUCACCUUGGCGUGUUCCCCUCGUACUAUGAACCCUGGGGAUAUACCCCUGCGGAAUGUACUGUCAUGGGAGUACCCAGCAUUACAACUAACCUAUCAGGAUUUGGUUGUUACAUGGAGGAGCUGAUUGAGAACUCCUCGGACUACGGCAUCUACAUUGUGGACCGCCGGAUGAAGGGCGUGGACGACUCAGUCAAUCAGCUGGCUGAUUUUAUGUAUAACUUUACUCUCAAGAGUCGACGACAACGCAUUAACCAGCGUAACCGUACGGAACGACUCAGCGACCUUUUGGACUGGAAGCGGAUGGGUUUGGAAUACGUCAAGGCCCGUCAGUUGGCUCUCCGGAGAGCGUAUCCAUCGUCUUUUGAAACAUCGGAAGACUACUUCGACAUUAUCGGCGGGACAGAGCAGAAGAUAUCGCGGCCUCUGUCAGUUCCGGGCUCGCCAAGGGACCGCUCCGGAAUGAUGACGCCCGGUGAUUUUGCGUCGCUGCAGGAAGUCAAGGAGGGCCUUUCGACGGAAGACUACGUUGCAUGGCGACUCCCAACAAGCGAGGAAGAAGACCCGGAUGACAACUUUUUCCCUCUCACCCUGCGGGCGAAGAAAUCGGACCGAGCGUCUUCACCUCUGGACCGGAUAUCUAUAAAUGGAGGGCAAUCACCGAGCUAG